AAUGCACUUUUUAAGUUAAAAGAAAAUGUAUGUAUACACAUGCUGAUGAGCUGAUGCAUGCGUGAUCACGUGGGAAAUGCGAAGUGGUAUUAGCGGCGCAAAAGCAAGAGAGGAGCAGGGAUAGUUUCCGUUUUACACAACAGUGAUACAAUUCCGAGAAUUUUAUUCGUAAUAUAAAUAACGGAUAUAAAUUUUAAUUGUAAAUGAGAAACAUCGGUAAACCUAACGAGUUCUUGAAACGGAUAGAAUAGCUGCUGGAAGAUGCACUGUAUAACCUAAAACUUUGUGAGCACAAACUAAUCCUAUAUUUAAAAUUGUACAGAAAACAAUUUCUUAUAAGAUAAGAAACUUUGCAGUAUCAUCGCGUUUGUAUAAACGAUAAUAUCCAAAUAUUAAUCUAUCUUCUUGAGGAAAAAGUUUAUUAUAUAUACAGAAAUCAUGUCAAAACGUAAAUUUGAUGAUAUUGAAGAGGCAGCUGACAAGCAACCACUUAAAAAUUCACUGGAUUCCGAUGAAGACGAUGAUGAAAUAAAUGAAGAUGCUUAUAAUAUCAUGAACGAGGAUGAAUUAGAAGGCACAGAAGAUGGACCCUCAGCACCAGAAACAAAUGUAGGAUUUACAGCGUUUAAUAUGAAGGAGGAAUUGGAAGAAGGCCACUUUGAUAAAGAUGGCCAUUAUCUUUGGAAUAAAGACAAGCAAAUAAAAGACAACUGGUUGGAUAAUAUCGAUUGGGUCCAAGUUAAACCUGGUUCCACUACUAAUGUACAAAAGAAGGUCAAAUCAAAUGAAAGCCAUGGAUUGGGAGAUAGCGAUAGUGAUAGUGAUGCUGGAGAUAUUAUGUUUGAUCCUAUUCCAUUAUAUAAACAGAUUUUAGAAUUUCUUAAACCUGGUGAAACUGUUUCUAAGACGCUAUGCAGACUUGGCAAAGGGAAAAAGAAAUUAACUACAGCUGAAAGAUGGAAAAGGAAAAAGGAAUGUAAAACAAGUGAUGAAGAAGACCCGAAUUCUGUAAGCAUAACCAAAUUAACUGAGCUAGCAAAUGAGUUAUUGACACGUACUGGUAAUAUGGAUAUAUAUCAAGAAAGUUAUGAACAAAUAAAAAAAAAGAUUAAUGCUGGCAAUAAGCAUGCAUGUCCUUCAAAGCAAGAAGCAGAACUGGAUAUGUACGCUGAUGAUUUUGAUGAAAAGGAAAAGGCAAAACUGGACGACACUAAUAAUGAUAAGACAGCAGACUCAACUAGUGCGGAAGAAAGUACAUCUUUAGCAGAAAACGUAACAUGGAAUUUGAAAUGGUCACAAGAUGAAGAUGCAGAAAUACAUGGGCCUUAUACUACUCAGCAAAUGCAAUCGUGGGCAAAAGAAGGAUAUUUCAAAAAAGGUGCAUGGGUCAAAAGAACUGGACAACAAAAUCAAUUUUACAAUGCUGCUAGAGUAGACUUUGAACUUUACCUGUGACACUUCUAUAUCCAGUAUACAUAAAAAUGUCAAUAAAUAAAUAUAUAAUUUGUCAAAAAAAAUUCGACAAAUCUUAAAAU